AUGCAACAAAAAUAUGUUGUCGUCGAGAUUGGUAACACCCCAUCCACAAUGUCAUUAGUCGAAUAUUUGGUGACACAUGGCUUCGACAAAUUUGCGGUUGUCACCGAUUUGACGGAUCAUCCAUCGUUGAAGCACAUGAAGGAUUCGGCGUCGGAUUCACAGCACACACCGCCGAGAACAGCGAUGUCGACGCCGAUUUCGAUGAAUACACCGAUACCGGUUAGUUGUUUUUUUUCAAGAUUUGGGGGCCUGUUAAAGGGUCAACCCUAUGCUAAUUUUUUAGCCAAAAAAAAACUAUCCAUGUUUUUUCAGCCAAACAAUAAACCGCGUGCAUCAAUCGAUUCAAUCGCCAACGCAUUAUCCAAAAAAUGUUCACCAACAUCGUCCUCAACAUCUUCCACACCAACUCUACCAUUUUCAACCCCGCAAUUAAAUCAUUUGUCAAAAUUAUUAGAAGAACAGUGCAUGGCGAAAAAAGAGCAAGAUCGACAACAGGCUGAAAUUCAACGAAUCAUUUUAUCCCAAACAAAUCUGCCAUUCGGAAUGGAUCGAUUGACUCCAGAAUUCAAUGAUCAACACAGUGAAACAAUUUCAAAAGCGAGCAGCGAAGAUUUGAAACCAGAGUUAGAUUUUGGAUUAGGACCAUCUGAUGAACAAGUUCGAGCAUCAAUGAUCCAUCUUUUGAAUCCCGCCCUCGGUCUACCUUUCGGUUUCAAAAUGUUUGAUGAGAAUCUUUUUGCGGCAGCAGCUGCAGCGGCUGCAAAUGCAUCUGGAAGUGGAGCUGGAAAUAAGCGAAAAAACGCGGAUGGACAUACACCGGCAACCAAAAAACAUCGAUGGUUACCGAAUGAAGAAUUGGAAGAAAGUCGAUCAUCGCGCGGUAAAAAUUGUGGACGUGUACAUUGUAAAGCUACAUAUAAAUGUGCACUUUGUGGUAAACCAACAACUUUGAAUUCGACUGGUUCGAGAUGGAAUCUUCUUCGACAUGUUAUUAUGAUUCAUUCCGAUUGUAAACCAUAUAAGGUAAGUGUUUUAUAUAUAUAUUCAUAUGGGGUUUUUCUAUUGCACGGUGUGUUGUAUGGUGUUUUUUUUUAAUUUCUCGUUUGUUUGUAGUGUUGGGAUUGUGAUUUCACUGGCAUCAAAUCAAACGUCAUUUCACAUGCCAGACAAUGCCGUCAUCGAGCUGACGACGCACACGAUGUUACGUAAGUUGAUUUUCAGAUUAUUGAAAUAUAGUGUAGUUUUGCGGUGUAGUGGCAUGGUGUGAUUGGGUUUAGAAGAUCUUGAAAGCCCUGGUUCCCUCAAAAAAAAGUUUCAAUAUUUUGAUUUUAUUUGAAUCACCAAAGGUUAAGCUUUAGCUCAAAUUCUACUUUUAGCUUGAAUUCUGAGUCAAUUGAUUUUCAAUGCUGAAAUUAUAUGAAAUUUUCCUUUUCAAUGUUGAACCAAUUUUAAUACAGUACCCCAAUAAAAUUUAAAAAAAAAUAAUUUUUCAGAACCGAUGAAAUGCGCGCCGAAUGGAAUCUUCUUCUUCACGAAUGUUUCCCGGAUUAUGUUCGAGCAAAAGAACGCGGAUGGCAACCGGAACCAGUUGUCGAACAACCCAAAAUCGAAGAAGUCCCAAUCCAACUCGAAUCCACUCCAACAAUGGUGCCAAACGUCAACGUCAAAAUCGAAUGUUAG